ACCCUGCACACGCGCCGACCGACGCCGCAGCCCGCACCGUCUCCCGCAGGCGCCGCAGUCGCUCCCGACGCUCUCCUCUCUCCCUGCCGACCGACGACCGCAACAAUGGGUAUGACUUCAAGACUCUCAUCUAGUGAAGCUGCAAGGUUGCCACUACCGGCACUGGUACUGCUACUGCUGUGCACCACACCAGCAACACCACAGGAGGUUCCCGGAGAUGCGAUGACUGGAGGUGGACCGGCCUCAGCUCCCGUGUCCACUGCUAGCGAGGCAGCUGCAGCUUCACCGCCAGGUGCCGCCUCUGCCGGCGCCGCCGCUCUGGAUGCCGACAGCGAGUACGAUCUGUACAAGCGACUCUACGACUUCGGCGUUGGCAAGCGCGCCUACACCUACGUGUCCGAGUACAAACGCCUGCCAGUGUACAACUUCGGCCUGGGAAAGCGCGCCACAGGCGCCGCUUCGCUGUACAGCUUUGGCUUGGGCAAACGCGGGCCUCGCACCUACUCCUUCGGCUUGGGUAAACGUGGCGACGAUGAGCCCAACGACUACAGCGAGCAGGAGCUGUUCGGCGAUGUGGAUGGCGACGGCGAGGACGCUCUGCCUGUCGCAGUCGAAGCCGACGAGCGAGAGCUGCCCGAGGGGGCCGAGGAGGAGACGCCAGGCGUGUUCACAGACCUGGUGGACAAGCGUGGCCGACUCUACAGCUUUGGCUUGGGCAAGCGUGCACGCCCCUACAGUUUCGGCUUGGGUAAGCGCGCCGGCCCCGCGGCGUCGCGACUCUACAGCUUCGGACUGGGCAAACGGGAGGGUCGCAUGUACAGUUUCGGCCUCGGCAAGCGGCCGCUGUACGGUGGCGACCGACGCUUCUCAUUCGGCCUGGGCAAGCGGGCACCGGCAGAGCACCGCUUCUCCUUCGGUCUGGGCAAGCGUGACGUACGCUCUGCCGACUCCCAGUAGUCUCAGUCAGCUCUGUGCCACUCGCUGUACUGCCCCCACCUGUACUGCCCCAGUGCCAACCCCUCUCCAUAGUCGCCAGCUAGGUCCCGCGAGUCUGUCUCGAGUCUGCCUACCUGUGCAGGCAUUCUAAGAGUAUUUCACCUUCCAUCAUUCCCAGCACUUCAUCCAUUUUAGUUGUCUACCUCUGCUUGCUCAUUGCAUCACUGAAUAAAUUUGACAACUGCUCUCUUCACACCAGUAUUCGUGCUCUCCACAGUAAACUUACACUAGUGUACAAAACAUUCUUAACAGCAGUCUUUCCUUUGUCAUAUGUAUUUCACAUGAUGUCCACAAUUUAGUUCAGAUUUCCUGAAAUUGGACCUUACGUUGUUCACUGUCUGCUUAGGACACAGCACAAUGUAAAACAAAAUUCCUCUCAUAACCUCUAUAUGUGCUCCCCACACGCUAUUACUAGUAAAAAAAAGUAAAUAAUUUCUGGCAUUCAGUAACACUAAAAUGUAUUGCCAGUUAAUUUCAAUUUAUCGUUAUUUCAUUAUACCUGCUUCAAAGAGGUGUUAGACAAUUUAUUCAAAUUCCAAAGCAAAAGCUUCACUUCUUUCUGUUAAAAGAUGCACUGUUAGCACACAGCCUUUCCCUGCCUACCAUGAAACAGUUUACAGGAUCCUACAUGAUGAUACUUGCAGUGUUCCAACCUGUCUUGCCAUCAACCAAAACCGCCAUAAGCCAUUUCAAGAACGCAGUUCUGCUACAGGAAUUUUUCACAGUAUUGCAUCAAAUCUUCUGGUUUUUCUUUCGACAACAAUGUUUACCCUGUUAUCAGCUAGCUUCUCUGCGGGGUAGUGUUCCCGUCUAAGCAUUAUGAUGAAGCUAGUCUUCGUUUGUGAAUUGUAUAACUUUAUGUGAAUUCCUAGACCGAUGAAAAAAAAAACAAAUCUAUUUGAGUAACUAGAUUUGCUGACUCCCUACUGAGUACUUUCU